GGAUCUCAAGUGUCCAUGUCAAAUCCAGGGAUCGUAUAUGAACCUUACGCACCACGUGAACAAAUCUGGUUUUGGAAAAGUCAUCUUCUACUUACCCCUUUGCAGAAGUUUGAGGCUUAUGAUUCAAAAGGUAUUGUCAUAGCUGGUAACCAGAACAAGGAGGUAUAG